AUGGCGACACAAGCAUUCGACCCCUCGCACGUCGACCUCACGACAGUCGAUAAAGCCGAAGUAAUCUGCUACUUCGCCGUGGGCGAAAACGAAUACAACGGCAUGCUCGGCGCGCGUAUCUCGUCCAUCUUCGUCAUCGGCUUCGUCUCCACACUCGUAACCUACUUCCCUGUCAUAGCGCGCAAGAAACCAUCUUGGAAGAUUCCGCUCGGGCUCUACACCUUUGCGCGCUUCUUCGGUUCGGGUGUCAUAGUCGCAACAGCGUUUAUCCACCUGCUAGAUCCGGCGUACGAAGCAAUAGGCCCGGGGAGUUGUGUGGGAGAAAGCGGAGCAUGGGCGGAGUAUCCAUGGUGUGCAGCCAUAGUGCUGACGUCCAUCAUGGCAGUUUUCUGCGUAGAUCUAGGAGCAGAAGUAUAUGUCGAACGGCAUUUUGGAGUGAAGAAAGAAGAGAGCGAGGUUUCCAACAACGCGUUUCUUCGCUCUGACAACGGGACCACCACCAUCGGAGUCGCACCAGUAGCCAUGGUGGACCCAGAAUCCGGUAAUAACCCAAUUCAAGACCGCCAAAACGGGGAUCAAGACCACCACCGGAAACACACAGCAAGCCUUCGCAGCUACCACUCCGAAGCCUCGCUCUGCACCACCUCAACAGCAGCCCGCCUCUCCUUCGCCCAACAAAUCGGCGCGUUCCUCGUCCUCGAAUUCGGAAUCAUAUUCCACUCCGUCAUCAUCGGCCUGAACCUCGGCGUCGUCGGCGACGAGUUCAAAACUCUCUACCCGGUUCUAGUGUUCCAUCAGUCCUUCGAAGGGUUGGGCAUCGGGGCCCGCUUAUCUAGUAUCUCAUUUCCGCGCGGCAAGACCUGGAUGCCGUGGGCGCUUUGCGCUUUAUAUGGGCUCACGACGCCGCUGGCUAUUGCCGUGGGGCUGGGGGUUAGGACGACGUAUCUGCCGGAGAGCAAGGUCAGUUUGAUGGUGCAGGGCGUGUUGAAUGCGGUUAGUGCGGGGUUUCUGAUAUACAGUGGGUUGGUGGAGUUGUUGGCUAAGGACUUUUUGUUUGAUAGAGAGAGGACGAAGGAUUUGGGCAGGCUGGGGUCGAUGGUUGGGUAUGUGUUUUUUGGGGCGGCGAUUAUGGCGCUGAUUGGGUGGUGGGCUUGA